AUACAGAACAGAAAGCUGAACCGGCAGCUGAAGAGGCGAAGAAAGAGACUGAAAAGGCGGAAGAUGCUGGAACCGAAUGGGAACUUAUUGAGGGAUUGCUGAACUUCGUGGCCGUUGGUGCAUCAGGUGUUUGGGGAGUGACCGGUGGCGACCGGAUCUUCUAUAGAGAUGGAACUUACAACAACGAAGCCUCUCCGGGCACGGGCUGGGUAAUCAUAGGUGGCCUCAUGAAUCAGAUCUCAGUCGGAAACAACGUUGUGUGGGGAGUCAACAGGGGCUAUGAUGUCUAUAUCCGAUUAGGAAUAAGUUCGAGUUCUCCUCAAGGAUCUGACUGGCGCCCGAUGCCAGGAAAGCUGAAACAGGUGUAUGUCAGCCCAACCAGCAAUCAGGUGUGGGGCGUAGACGCCGGGGAUAACAUCUUCCGGCGAACUGGAAUCACAGCAAGCAAUCCAGCAGGAGAAGGAUGGGAGCACAUCGAUGGGAAGAUGAAAUUCGUGACGGUUGGAGCAGUCGGCGUCUGGGGUGUGGACACCAACGACCAGAUCUACUAUCGCACGGGAACAUACGGCAAUGAGGAUUCACCUGGAACUGGGUGGGAACAGGUCAGCGGCAGCGCCUUGAAACAAAUCUCGUCAGGAAAUGGCCAAGUGUGGGGCGUCAGCAGCAACAACCAGAUCUACCUACGACGCGGUUUCAGCGCUGGGACACCUCAGGGUACUACCUGGCAGCAAGUUGAAGGAGGUCUGAUAGAAGUUUACAUCAGCUCUAGCAGCCGCCAAGUAUGGGGUGUGAACCUAGACAACAAGAUCUACAGACGACAAAUCAUAGAGGACGAAAAAAAGGAGGUUGAAGAUACAGAACAAAAAGCUGAACCGGCAGCUGAAGAGGCGAAGAAAGAACCUGAAAAGACGGAACAAAAGGCUGAACCGCCAGCUGAAGAGGCGAAGAAAGAACCUGAAAAGGUAGAAGAACAAAAAGCUGAAUCUGCAGCUGAAGAGACCAAGAAAGAACCUGAAAAGGUAGAAGAACAAAAAGCUGAAUCUGCAGCUGAAGAGGCAAAGAAGGAGGAACCAAAAGCUGAACCGGCAGCUGAAGAGGCAAAGAAGGAAGAACAAAAAACUGAACCGGCAGCUGAAGAGGCAAAGAAGGAGGAACCAAAAGCUGAACCGGCAGCUGAAGAGGCAAAAGGCAACGAAGGAGGACCAAAAGCUGAACCGGCAGCUGAAGAGGCGAAGAAGGAGGAACAAAAGGCUGAACCGGCAGCUGAAGAGGCGAAGAAGGAGGAACUGAAAGCCGAACCGGCAACUGAAGAGGCGAAGAAGGAGGAACCAAAAGCUGAACCGGCAGCUGAAGAGGCGAAGAAGGAGGAUCCAAAAGCUGAACCGGCAGCUGAAGAGGCGAAGAAGGAGCCUAUAAAGGUGGAAGAAAAGGCUGAACCGGCAGCUGAAGAGGCCAAGAAAGAACCUGAAAAGGCGGAAGAAAAAGCUGAACCGGUAGCUGAAGACGCUGAGGACACAGAUUCAGAGGCUGAUGAUGAAGAAACUAAGACAAAAAAGGAUGCCGUGAAAAAACUUGCUGCUGAACUUGGCGUUCAGAGUUGGCUGGAUAAACUAAAGGAGCAGAAGAAGAAAUUGCAAAAAGAAAACAAAGAACUGAAGGCAAAAAUGAAAUCGGAAGCAACCUGGAUCACCGGCAAUCCACCAUGGGUGAUAGAGUCGUCGGGAAAGGAGGAGACGGGUCACGAAGCGAGCAAUGUCCUGAACAGCAGCGCAGACUUGUUCUGGAGGGCCGAGUACGCCGAGGAGCAGCAUCACAACCACUGGUACAUCGUGUUUGACUUCCGUACGGAGUACACGCUGUCCCAGAUCAAACUCACCAACGUCGGGGACACAGCCCAUGAUGUGAAGAGUUUCACCCUCCAAACGUCGGCCUGUUCCAACCCUUUCUGCUGGUCCAACGUCAAAGAGUUCACGGACGUCCCGUCAGGCUCCAAGGCACCACAGGUGUUCGGUGGAUUUGAAGCUUCUGCAAGAUACUGGCGGGUUUUAGUGACAAGAACUCACGACGGCCUUCAACCGAACAUUGUUCAGAUUCAGUUCUUUGGCAAGAAAGGAGAGUGGCUAUACGGCAACCCUCCUGUGGCCGUGGAAUCGUCCGGCAAACCCCGCGCGGAAGGCAGUGACAUUUACGACGGCUCCAAAGUUCUUGACGGGAACGCCGCGACCUUCUGGAGUGACGUGCAGGAAGGACAGACCAGCUGGCACAUCGUCUUCGACUUCCUGGCCAAGUACGUCCUCUCCGGCCUGCGGAUCACCACUGUGGGCGACACCGCGCACGAUGUCCGCUCAUUCACGCUGCAGAAGUCGACGUCUCCCGGUGCUCCGUACACGUGGACAGAUGUCAGGACCGUCACAGAUGUCAAGGCUGGGCUGACAACAGCACAGGAGUUCAGCAGUGGUUUCGAGUGCACUACGGCAGCCAGAUACUGGCGUCUGGUCAUCAACUCCACACACAGCACGCAGCAGCCACACAUCGUGGAGGUCAGCUUCUUCGGCUACCCCGAUGAAGCGGACAGCUACAAGCACGUGAAGUCCAAUGUGGUGUCUGUGCUGCUGAGUGAGAACAGAGCUCUGAAGGUCAAGGUGGCCGACCAGCAGAAGCUCCUGGAACAGAUGAUGGCAAUCGUCAAAGGUUGCGACACGUGCAGCGACAAGGCCAACCAGCUCGGCCAAGGGCAGCCUGCGGGUUAAAAAUCUGACGCACAAAGAUGGCACAGCGACUGCUCACAACCAACUAUCUGUUCUCCAAGACACACCUACCACGGGAGGGCCUUCAAGAGUCUGCACUCCCACUUUGAAUGCAACUUUCCAUAUCUUCUUAUGAACCACAGUUUUCUAUGAAAUGCUGCGGCUCCCGUUUAAGUUUUUUUUACCUUACGAUUGAAAAGCUUGGUGUCACUAGGAGUUGCCGUGUGUUAUUCAAAGACAAGUGACUAAAUGAUUCAGGGAAUCACUUUAUGUCUUAGUUUAUUCGGAGUAAAGGGGUAUAAACGGAUUUUACUGAACAGGAGUCCCCAUUAGAAGAUACGGAGUAUUGUGAACACGUAUAAAAUUAGAGUACCUUUACCGUUUUCAGAAGAAAAGUAGCUCAAUCAAAGGUAUAAGAAUUUGGCGAUUUGUUUUUCUAGCAAUUCAUUCAGGCUCAGAACUGUUGAUGUAGAACAAUGCAAUUGGGCUACUGAGGUGGUGUUGGGGUAGAAUCAGUGAUAAUGGUACCAGGGUCUAGUUCGUUUCGACAAUAAGACGGUACUCAUGAA